AUGACUCAUAUUCUGUUCACUUGUCGUAAUGGUGUUCCUCUUCCUCAAGAGCUGCCUGCGAGUUUGAUUCCUCCAUCGAAGGCUCACUUAAUAAAGAAAGAAGAGGAAGCAGAGGAAGAAGAAGAAGAAGCAGAGGAAGAAGAAGAAGCUCCAAUUCCUCCUCCUAAGCCUCAGAAACCUCAACCUCAACCUCAACCUCAGUCCCAACAGCCUCAGCCUCAACAGCCUCAGCAACCUCCUAUGGGCGAUCCAUUUGCUACGAACCCUCAACAGCGUGCCUUCUAUCAACAAUUGUUCUUACAAUUGGAUAAGGAUAAGAGCCACAAAUUGCCUCAUGAUGCUGUGAUUGCUUAUCAUUCUCAGAGUGGAUUACCUAAAGAAGUAUUAGAGAAACUGUAUUCGAUGUCUGAUUUGGAUAAGGACGGUCGUUUGGACUUUGCUGAGUUUGUAAUUAUGACUCACAUCUUAUUCACUUGUCGUAAUGGUGUUCCUCUUCCUCAAGAGCUGCCUGCGAGUUUGAUUCCUCCAUCGAAGGCUCACUUAAUAAAGAAAGAAGAAGAAGCAGAGGAAGAAGAAGAAGCAGAAGAAGAAGAAGAGGAAGAAGAGGAAGAAAUGAAACCUCAACCUCAGCCUCAACAGCCUCAGCAACCUAUGUUCGACUUUGGUUUUGGUGCUCCUGCUCCUGCUCCUCAGCAGCAACCUCAACCUCAGCCUCAGCCUCAACAGCCUCAGUCUGAACAGCCUAUGUUCGACUUUGGUUUUGGUGCUCCUGCUCCUGCUCCUCAACCUCAACCUCAGCCUCCUCAACAGCCUCAGUCUGAACAGCCUAUGUUCGACUUUGGUUUUGGUGCUCCUCAGCCUCCUCAGCAGCAACCUCAACCUCAGCCUCCUCAACAGCCUCAGUCUGAACAGCCUAUGUUCGACUUUGGUUUUGGUGCUCCUGCUCCUGCUCCUCAGCAACCUGAACAGCCUCAACAGCAACCUCAACCAAAAGAAGAAGCUCCAGUUCCUCCUCCUAAGCCUCAGAAACCUCAACCUCAACCUCAGUCCCAACAGCCUCCUAUGGGCGAUCCAUUUGCUACGAACCCUCAACAGCGUGCCUUCUAUCAACAAUUGUUCUUACAAUUGGACAAAGAUAAGAGCCACAAAUUGCCUCAUGAUGCUGUGAUUGCUUAUCAUUCUCAGAGUGGAUUACCUAAAGAAGUAUUAGAGAAAUUGUAUUCGAUGUCUGAUUUGGAUAAGGACGGUCGUUUGGACUUUGCUGAGUUUGUGAUUAUGACUCACAUCUUAUUCACUUGUCGUAAUGGUGUUCCUCUUCCUCAAGAGUUACCUGCGAGUUUGAUUCCUCCAUCGAAGGCUCACUUAAUAAAGAAAGAAGAAGAAGCAGAGGAAGAAGAAGAAGAAGAAGAGGAAGAAGAGGAAGAAAUGAAACCUCAACCUCAACCCCAGCAACCCCAGCAACCUAUGUUCGACUUUGGUUUUGGUGCUCCUGCUCCUCAACAGCAACCUCAACCUCAGCCUCCUCAACAGCCUCAGUCUGAACAGCCUAUGUUCGACUUUGGUUUCGGUGCUCCUGCUCCUGCUCCUCAGCAACCUGAACAGCCUCAACAGCAACCUCAACCAAAAGAAGAAGCUCCAAUUCCUCCUCCUAAGCCUCAGAAACCUCAACCUCAACCUCAGUCCCAACAGCCUCAGCAACCUCCUAUGGGCGAUCCAUUUGCUACGAACCCUCAACAGCGUGCCUUCUAUCAACAAUUGUUCUUACAAUUGGAUAAGGAUAAGAGCCACAAAUUGCCUCAUGAUGCUGUGAUUGCUUAUCAUUCUCAGAGUGGAUUACCUAAAGAAAUAUUAGAGAAAUUGUAUUCGAUGUCUGAUUUGGAUAAGGACGGUCGUUUGGACUUUGCUGAGUUUGUAAUUAUGACUCAUAUUCUGUUCACUUGUCGUAAUGGUGUUCCUCUUCCUCAAGAGUUACCUGCGAGUUUGAUUCCUCCAUCGAAGGCUCAUUUAAUAAAGAAAGAAGAAGAAGCAGAGGAAGAAGAAGAAGAAGCUCCAAUUCCUCCUCCUAAGCCUCAGAAACCUCAACCUCAACCUCAGUCCCAACAGCCUCAGCAACCUCCUAUGGGCGAUCCAUUUGCUACGAACCCUCAACAGCGUGCCUUCUAUCAACAAUUGUUCUUACAAUUGGAUAAGGAUAAGAGCCACAAAUUGCCUCAUGAUGCUGUGAUUGCUUAUCAUUCUCAGAGUGGAUUACCUAAAGAAAUAUUAGAGAAACUGUAUUCGAUGUCUGAUUUGGAUAAGGACGGUCGUUUGGACUUUGCUGAGUUUGUGAUUAUGACUCACAUCUUAUUCACUUGUCGUAAUGGUGUUCCUCUUCCUCAAGAGUUACCUGCGAGUUUGAUUCCUCCAUCGAAGGCUCACUUAAUAAAGAAAGAAGAAGAAGCAGAGGAAGAAGAAGAAGAAGAAGAGGAAGAAGAGGAAGAAAUGAAACCUCAACCUCAGCCUCAACAGCCUCAGCAACCUAUGUUCGACUUUGGUUUUGGUGCUCCUGCUCCUGCUCCUCAGCCUCAGAAACCUCAACAGCCUCAGUCUGAACAGCCUAUGUUCGACUUUGGUUUCGGUGCUCCUGCUCCUCAGCCUCCUCAGCAGCCUCCCCAACAGCCCCAGCAACCCCAGCAGCCUAUGUUCGACUUUGGUUUCGGUGCUCCUGCUCCUGCUCCUGCUCCUGCUCCUCAGCAGCAACCCCAACCUCAGCCCCAGCCUGAACAGCCUAUGUUCGACUUUGGUGCUCCUGCUCCUCAACAGCCUCCUCAACAGCAGCUCCAGCAGCCUAUGUUCGACUUUGGUUUCGGUGCUCCUGCUCCUGCUCCUGCUCCUGCUCCUGCUCUUCAGCAGCCUCCUCAACAGCCUCAGCAGCUUCCUCAGCCCCAGCAGCUUCCUCAGCAGCCGGAGCCCAAACCGGAGCCCAAACCGGAGCCCAAACCUGAACCUGAACCUGAACCUGAAGAUAGUAAUCCCGAUGAAACCAAGGAUAAGAAGUACCUGUGGGUUGUAUGGCGCCAGAAUAAGCUGGAAAUCAAGCGUCGCGAGGAACAGUUUGCACUGAAGGAGGAAGAAUACGAGAAGCGCAAGGAAUCGAUGGCUGAUUUGCACAGACAGGUCCGCGAAGCGAAAGAACUGCUCGAGAAGAAGAAGCAGGAAGUGAAGGAUAAGCGUAAGGAUUGA